AUGCACUCAGAGCAGGGGGCGGUGGCUAGGGAUCAAGACAACCUCGGAACAAUCAUCGAAUGCCUGACACCUCGCGUCUCCAUCACGGCCUUGUCCUCCUCAAGCACACCUCUGGUGCACUUAGCAAGUGUAUGGCGGUUUUUCGACUCGCCGUACGGACAUUCGGUUUUGUUUCCCAGGCCCGAUGGAACACUAUUUAGAACAUACUGGGUGCCCGUUCUAUCAAAAAUAGAGCUCUACCCCGUUCAGCGUCCCUCUUUGACAAUUUCUAACACCGCCUCCAGACCCUACCCAGACCUGCUUUUUAGCCCACUAAUAUACGAGGACCGCCGGUCUGUAGCCGAGCGGCAACCUUUUAUAGAAAUGAUCAAGAGUCUCGCACGCACUAACCCCGUUAUCCAGGAGGGAACCAUAAUGGAUAUCGACCCUAAGUCCUGGUUUUCUGUUGUCUGGUCACAGAUAAGCGUUGACCCGCAGUACCUUGACCUCCAACGUGACCAUUUACUUACGUUUUAUAGGUUUAAUACUCCUCAAACAGUAUCCUGGCUUACAAAUGCACGGAGCUCUGAUCAUGACCACCAUUUAGAGAUGUAUAUCAAGUAUAAUAGGUUCUAUACCGAGAAAAGAUCUGCUUCCAACAAGCAGCUACGCUUUUCUCCUUCAGACUCGGGGAGCAUCACCUCUCCCCUAAAGCUCCUAAACUUGUCACAAAGUGAUAUCCAGCAUGCACUAGACACACAUGACUGUACCUACUCGCUGCUCACUGUCCAUUCGCCCAUGCUACCAACGUGCACCUCUGACUUAACUUGGGCGCGCAACGGAUUCCAGCCAGAGCGGUCGUUCGCUUCCCCAGGCAUCAUCAAUUCUCUUAAGACACAUCGAUCAAUUAAAGAGAAGAACAAUCUAACCAAUAUUUCUAGCUGUACUUCCUUUGAAGAUACUAACACCCAACCCCACACCAAGAAGGUUUAUUCUAAAACAGACGAUCAUACGUUUCUUCAGCGGAAGCAGCUAGCUGAAAAGUGGGUAGGAGCAGAGUUUCUUCGGGUGAAGGAUGCCUUCUGCAUACACCACCUCUGUCGCGAAUCUGCUCCAUCUGCAGAAACCAUCCUGGACGUCUUUAACUAUUUUGUUGAGCAUCUUCAUGUAUGUACUGAUCUCCAAGUAGAGACCAGUACCAUUGUGUUGAGGGGUAACAUCUCCAGGAAGUAUCAUGAGCCCUCCAUCCUUUCAUGGAGUGAGAGGAAGGGAUAUUUGAUGUUGGAUGCCACAUCUACGCACUUCGGAUAUAAGAGAUCGGGGCGCAUGUCAGCAGAUGAUAUAAGAAAAAUCUUCCAUCGUAGCUCUUACUCUCUUUCAGAAUACCCUCGGACUAUUAUUCACUUAUAUGCUAUCCUAUUGGUAAUGCAACAGCACAGUGAGGUUUACAAAGACCUUCCUCUGUACUAUCGGAUAAUAAUUAAUGCUCUUUAUUAUACAGGGCUGCAGCAGAUAAUGAGUCGUUCUAAGGUCGCAGACCCCGUCACUAUAGAUGCAGAGACCAUAACCAGUUAUCAUACAACAAAAAAUUUUGCAUUAGCUGCGUCUGCAAGACAUGAUGGCUAUCUACGUAAGAAUGAGACCGGCCAGAACAAUUCUGAAAAAGGGUUUGUGGUCAACUUGGACGCAACCGCAAAAAGCACUAUUCAGAGUACCAAUGAACCUCGUGAGGGGUGCCCAGAUUCAAUUAUUCAGCCAAAGACCAUAGCGGGCCUGAAUUAUUCCAUAGACUUGCUUCCUCCCUACAACAUAAGCUCCUUUAAUCCCGAAUCCACGUCAAGAAUAUCCUCUAUAUUAGAUAGUUUGACCCUUCAGCAGUUGCACUCCACUCUCUGUGACCUAAUGAAGCACUUUUAUCCAGCUAAUGGUUCAUGCGUAGAGCGAGUCUUUAGUAAGACUAGAUCCAUUCCUGCCUCAUUUAAAUAUCUACACAACGUUGGUUUUAAGUCUAUCAUGAACCCUCUCAACUCAUUACUUAGCCAUGAUAUGCGCCAUACAGCUAGUUUACAACUCAUGCUAUCUCAUCCCAUCUUUAAGCGAUCCUCUUCUGAGUACAAGCAAUCCAUGCAGGCCGUAUUUCAUCACCAGACAUCCUCCUCUCUAGUUACCUCUAAUUCUCAUUGCUCAUCUAGUAUUGUUAUCACCACGACAAAGCAUCACAAUUUAGAAAAGCUUUCCAGUGACUCUACUCGCAUAUCCCCACCAAGCUCUGCUGUGUCCACUGCUGAAGUAAAGGAGUCCUUGACCGACGGAUCGAGCGAUCAUAUAACAAUCGUAAGCGACGCACCAUUACAGAGCGGCGUCUCGACCUGUAAAACCGUUUCUUUAAACCCGUCUCCACUUAUCUCGACAACUUCUCCUUUUGAUAGCAGCAACUCUUAUCUUUCUCUUUUGCUGGAUGAUGGGAGAAGGCCGUGCUCCUCAGGUGAUGCAGAAGUAGUAUCCUUUAGCAAAGAAACCACUAAAGCAUCAAGGAGUAAAGCAAGGCUGCGCGAGACGAAAAGAAAAGAGCUUAGCAUAACCGUUGGGACGUCACUGGUCCCUGGAGACAAAGAAAGAUGCGAAAAGAUUAUUCUAGAGCAAUAUAGGACAUUCAUAAAGCUUCUUUACCAUUUACUCACACAUAAACAAAAUGACAAGACACACGACUAUCUAGUUUGUCCCUCUAGCUCUCACGCUCCCUACCUAACCUUCUAUCGCAGAGAUCCGUCUUCUGAUUGCUCCUGUGACUUUUGUCAUCAAUCCUUUAUCAUGCAGGGUGGCACUUGUUCAGCUUCAGGGUGGGAUAGGGGCUCCGGCUACAUCCUGCCAUCGCCCUCCUCCAGAGCAAGCUUUGACGCCUUUCUCUGUGAGUCGGCAACCCGGAGGCUCGUAUGCUCACCCGGCAUACGGCGGUAUAUCUGCUCUGACAAGGCGUUAGCACGCUUCACACAUUUCUCUGCAAAUUAUAAGCUAACUGAAUUCUCUAACCUGUCAGCCGUUGCCACCAAGUUCCUAUCAUCGCGCUCAAUAAUGGACGGCAUCCGGCUGAGCUUUGUAGGCUGUCUUCCACUUAACACAUUUCAUACCAAUCUAGAAUUUUACCGGUCCACCGAUAAUUCCGAGGAGAACUUCAAGCUUAUUCGGAGUAAGGACUCCAAGCACAUCUUGAAAUUCUCUGAGUAUCCCGUUAUUUAUCAUAUUUUUCUAGAAAUUAUAUUGAACUAUGUCCCUGUUUAUCACGAUUUGAUAUCUUGUAUGCCGCCAAAGCUAGAUAAAUUUAUUUUAGAACCAAGAGUGAUCACGAGGAAGAUAGCCUUCACAGAUACCAUUGAUGACAGUGCAAUCCAGCUGAGAGGUGGGCAUGUCCUCGCGAUACACCCACCUCGACAAAGGCCAUCCUCUGCAGAGGGGGGAAGCAGAGAGCAUGCUCGGAAACCAAAGGCUGCCCGCUUGAAGCAUCAGCGGGUAGGCCAUAGUAAUCAGCCCUCCAAUAGAAGUCCUGCUGUGAAUAGCAGUAAAUAG